AUGGCGGACACCACCUGUUACGAAGAGAAUGUAAAUGUGUAUUCUCAGGGAUUAGGUUGCUGUCACCAUGACCCCUGCCAUGAACAAGCCUUGCUUCAUAGCAACCAACUCGGCAAUAGUGCUGGUUAUGAUGCUGUCUUGAAUUGGAGCAGCAACAACAACGCGAAUAGUGGAGUUUUAAGAUCAACUGAGGAUGAUGGUGUUUAUGUCUUUGAUUUCGUGAACUUGGGUUACGACAACAUGGAAAACAAUGACAGAGUUUUAUGGUCAAUUGAAGAGGAUGUUUAUAUCAUUGAUUCCGUGAACUUAGGUCACAAUCAACUGCAGACG